GUUAAGGUCUGUAUCAUUGAGUGGUGCCUGAAGAGGAGCAUCAGGGGCUGGUACAUUGAUUGUUGCCAGCCAACACAAUGGCUGACGCUCACUUGUCUGGCUCCGUAGGAAGCUACAAUAGCAGCUCUCCUACCACCAGUGCUUGGAACAUUACUGGCAGCGGCCCAUGGUUGCUGUCCUUCAUGCUGACUGUCAUCAUCCUCAUGACAGUGUGUGGCAACAUGUUGCUUAUCGCUUUGGUGUUCGCCCAUCGCUCUUUGCGUUGCACCUCAAACUGUUUCUUGGUGUCACUGUUCCUGUCUGAUCUAAUGGUGGCACUGGUGGUCAUGCCCCCAGCCAUGCUCAAUGUGCUGUGUGGUGCCUGGGUGCUGUGGCCAGCCUUUUGCCCGGUCUGGCUUUGCUUUGACGUCAUGUGCUGUAGCGCAUCCAUUCUCAACCUAUGUGUGAUCAGCCUGGACCGUUACCUCUUCAUCAUCUCACCACUACGCUACAAGCAGAGGAUGACCCUCCCUCGGGCGUUGCUCCUGGUAGGAGCUGCUUGGGGGUUGGCAGCACUGGCUUCCUUCCUGCCCAUUGAGAUGAAAUGGCACAGCUUAGGUCAUGGUAGUGGACACUCAUCGGUCCCUGGGGUCAGCAGUUCUAACAUCAGCUCCUACUCUGACACACUGUACCCAGCAUCCUACUUUCAGCAUUCACCAUCUGGAGGCCUUUCCUUCCAGUGCCGUCUGCGGGUCACCCUGCCCUUUGCUCUUGUGGCAUCUGUACUCACAUUCUUUUUGCCCUCCAGUGCCAUUUGCUUCACCUACUGUCGGAUUCUUCUGGCAGCACGUAGGCAGGCGAAGAGGGUCGCAGCACUGAGCCACCCACCACACCCUCAUCCUUCUCUCGGGGAACCUUCCCGGCCUCCUUCACCUGGGGGUGCAGCAGGGCAAGCUCACCAGGACGGAGAUGACUGCAGUCAUCAGGAGCCUCCUGUGUCACAAAAUGUACCGCCGUCAGUGAACAGUGAGCGUCGUCUGGCUCACAGGCAGGGUCGGAGGGCACUGAAGGCCAGUCUGACACUGGGAGUCCUCCUGGGACUCUUCUUCAGCGCUUGGCUACCCUUUUUCAUCACCAACAUGGCUCAGGCAGUGUGUGAGUGUGUCCCCCCUGCUCUCUUCGACGCCAUCACCUGGCUGGGCUACUGCAACAGUACAAUGAACCCCAUCAUCUACCCGUUGUUCAUGAGAGACUUUAAGCAAGCUCUGGGAAAACUCUUGCCCUGCUGCUCCUCACGGUCGCCCAGACGACCCUCACCGGCGCUCUCCCUCUCUCUCCGCAACUCAGGAGAGAUGAACAUCGCCAGCAGCCCCCCCUCUCUCCUGGCCUCCGACCCUACCCACCCCCCCGCCACCGCCACAGAUGCUGUCAACCUGCUGGAUGCAGAGCAUGCUGGGAUCGAGUUGCCUCUGCUCCUGCCCAAUCAGGUGGACACGCUGGAUUGAUCUGCUGGAUGGAGCAGUCGGCUAGUAUGUUGUAAUUAUGUCAGGAUUUAAGGUAGAAGAGUGAUUCUGACUGAAAACAAAGGUUUACUCGCUGUGAGUUAAGAGGUGCAGCCCUAAGAGAAAUACAAUCAGUCAAAUAAUAACAGUGUUCAAAAAUUAAAGUCAAUUGUUUAUGGUAACAGAAAAAUGUCUUUGAAAAGACACAUUCAGAUUCAAAUUCAGUAUGUUCUAUGUUGAAUUGUGUGUUUGUUUCAGAUUAUGAAAUGUGGUUGGAAAAAUGAUAUAGGCGCAUUACCAAUAGUCAGACUAAUUCCAGUUAUCAGUGCCAUUAUAUGGCUCAAGUAAACUUAACAUGUAAACUCUAUAAAAGGCAGCGCUUCACAUUGGUAUGCAUGGAAAAGAGAAAAGAAAAAAGGCCUUGAAGAAGACUGACACCUUCACUGAAUUACCCCCAGCCUUAUGGAAAUCAAAUUACUGUGAUAAUAUCCAUAGCAACCAAGCAAAUGGAUGGAAAUUAGAAGGACGAAAUGAACGGAGAUAUAUUACCUAUUUUACAGCAUCCUCUAAAACCUGCAAAACACCAGUAAUAUUUACAGUUAUUUGAUGUCACAGCGAGUUCAGAAAAUAAAUUAUGACACUAUUUACAGUUUGUAAAAAAAAAAAAAUCGACUUCAUUCACA